CACCAGCUGCAAUCAGCUACUUUAAUGAUUUAUAUAAAUGCCCUGUCGAGCGGUUGUAAAGUCAGUUGAGUCCCAGUGGUAAAACCAUAAGCUUAGUUAUCUAAAAUACUCGUAACAAUGAGGACGCUUGUCGCCCUUACCUUAUUAGGAUGCGCCUUAGUUGUUUGCUCUGGCCGCGAGAUCGGUAAGGAGGAAUCCGACUUGGUAGCUGCGGCUAGCCAUCAUAAAGGCCAUCAUCACGAAGAAGGUGGUGGUAAAGAGCACCACGGUCAUCAUCAUCACGAACAUGGUGAAAAGGGUCACAAAGGUCACAAAGGUCACCAUCACCAUCACAAAGGUGAACAUGAUGAACAUCAUAAACAUCAUCAUGCAGGCCAUCAUCAUGAAGAUGGCGGUGGACAUAAAAAGCACUGGGAUGAACAUGAUCAUCACGGCAAACAUCACGAACAUGGACAUCAUCACAAGGGCGGUAAACACCACCACAAAAAACAUCAUGAUAAGGGUGAAGAAGUUGAAGGUUACCAUAAGAAAUACCAUAAGGACGAAUACCACAAGGACCAUCACUUCUAUGAUGACCACCACAAAGAAGGAAAACAUCACAAACACGGCAAGCACCACGGUCAUCAUGAAAAACAUGGAGGUCAUCACAAAAAGGGCGGCCAUCAUCAUUCCGGACAUGACGAACAUCAUCAUGGCAAAAAGGGCCAUCAUGAUAAGCAUCAUUAUGAUGAAGAUCACAAGGGUCACAAAGGACAUCAUGGACAUGAGGAACAUCAUCACCACCACGAGGAUCACGGAAAGAAGGGCGGUCACGAAGAUCACAAGCACUGGGGAUUCCAUCAUGGGAAACACUAAAAUUUCUAAAAUUACGUUAAAAAUUAAUUAUAUAAUUUUUUUACUUACAUUUUGUUAUGCCAAUAGUUUUGUAAAUAAAUAAUUAUUGUUAUU